AGUUUCUCUCUUUUCUUCUAAAUAUUUACUGGUCAAAAUAUACAAGAAUUUAUAACUUCAUUUAUACAAUCAUGACUAUAACUACGGGAGUACUAUACACAAAAAUUUCUGAGUCAGCAUCGAGGACUAGCGGCCUAACUACAAAAAACCUAAGUCCAAAUAAUGCCUAGCCGUCUAGCUCGUCACUCCCCCGGGCUCCCCAUGCGUCGGGUCUCACUACCUGAAAUGGUGGACAAAGAAAACUGUGAGAUAAAAUAUCUCAGUAAGUAAAUAUGGAUGCCCGGGAUCAAAAUUUAAAGCAUGCCAAAUAAACAAUUGAAACAUAAACAGAGCGUCUCAAUAACAAACCAUUAAUGCAGAAUAAAAUUAAAUAGUGGUCUCCUCUAUUAGUCAUGACUAGUGUUAUAAACCUCUCACUAGCAGGCACACGAUUACUAGUGUAUAAUCCCACUAGUAGGAUAACAAAAACGAACCGGUUCUAUCAGUAACAUGUCGACAUGUGCUAGCGUUUAUAAACCUUCCACUAGCGGGCACACGAAUAACAUGACCAUAUCAGAGACAAAACAGGCAGAAGUUAACAGGAAAAUCAUAAUUUACAAAUAAUUUUCAGAUCAUCAGGGCAGUUAAAUAAACUCCAAGCAGGUAUGCUCAAAUCAAUAAAAAGAAUAAUAAUCUUAUUUCAAAUCGAUCAUACUUGUGUAAAACGGGUUUAGUCCCGCCACCAAUUCAAAAACAAGCUAAAAUGUGCUUUAAAAUCAGAGGGCGUUACCAUAAUUUACUUACCUUAAUCGCACAGGAAAGAAGGCUUAAUCCAAGUGCUAAGGUCACAAGAUGAUCAAGGACCUAAUCACAAUAUUUCUGAAUUAAUAUCUAUAAAGAAAUUUUAUUU